GGAUUAAUUAACAUAGAACAACAGAGCCUGAAAUCUGAAAAUGAGAGAUCCACGGAUGAAGAAGCCGGCAACCAAGGAAGCCGAUAUUCACACGUCACUCCUCCCGGAGCUCAGACCACCACUGGAGAGGAAGAGCACCGACACCGAUGACGGAGGCGCUUCGGUCCCCGGCGCGGUAUUCAACGUGUCGACAAGCAUUAUUGGAGCCGGAAUUAUGUCGAUUCCGGCUACUCUCAAGGUCUUAGGGAUCAUUCCGGCCUUUAUACUGAUCGUGAUCAUCGCUGUCCUCUCCGAUGUUUCAGUUAAUUUCCUACUGAGGUUUACAAAUAUCGGCAAUUCGAGGACAUACGCCGGAGUCAUGGGAGAGGCGUUUGGGAGAAUUGGAUCACUAGCGUUGCAGAUUUGUGUGAUGCUCACCAACAUGGGUUCGUUGAUCAUUUAUCUCAUUAUAAUCGGUGACGUAUUGUCUGGGAGCCAAUCCGAAGAAUCAAUAUAUUUGGGUGUUCUGCAGGAAUGGUUUGGUUUCCAUUGGUGGAACACGCGUGCUUUCGCACUCCUCUUCACUGUGCUCUUUGUCAUGCUUCCUCUUGUCUUGCUACGCCGUGUAGAGUCGCUGCGGUUUACUUCAGCCGUGUCGGUUCUUCUCGCUGUUGUAUUUGUUGCAAUUAGUACAGUGAUGGCAAUAGUUGCACUUUGGGAAGGGAAGACACAGAGCCCAAGACUUUUUCCAGAUCUUGCCCAUCAAGCAUCUUUCUUUGAGCUCUUCACUGCUGUUCCUGUCAUUGUCACGGCUUUCACCUUCCACUUCAAUGUUCAUCCAAUUGCGGCAGAACUUCAAAACCCUUCCAAGAUGGUCUCAGCAGUUCGAAUAUCACUAAUACUAUGCUCCACAAUUUAUUUGACUGUUGGGUUCUUUGGGUACCUACUGUUUGGAGACUCUAUCAUGCCAGACAUACUAGUUAAUUUUGACAGAAAUUCUGAUUCUCCAAUGGGUUCAGUACUUGACGACACUGUUAGGUUAAGCUAUGCACUCCAUCUCAUGUUAGUUUUUCCUCUACUGAACUUCUCUCUAAGGGCCAAUAUCCAUGAACUCUUCACCAAGUCACCUCCCUCGGCUUCAGACACCACCAAAUUUGUUUCUCUCACUUGCUCUCUUCUGGGUCUCAUUUACAUUGCAGCAAUAGCCCUACCAAAUAUAUGGUACUUCUUUCAGUUCAUGGGCUCAACAUCAGCUGUCCGUCUUACACUCAUUUUCCCAGGCGCCAUUGCCUUGAGGGAUGUUCACGGGAUAUCCACAAGAAGAGAUAGGAUAUUGGCAGCACUGAUGAUUAUCUUAGCAGUAAUUACAAGCUGUGUUGCUAUUACCUCCAACGUAACUAGUUUAACUAGAUAAUUAUAAUUACCUUCUUUUCCUUUUACAUGGGUCAAUCUAUUAAUCAUACGUAUGUAUUCGUUUUGUAUUAUGUAAAAAUUUCUAUAGCAUAUACCCAUACCAUCAAAUGGAAAUUGUGUGGAGGCUUGUAAGUAUUGCUAUUGUGCUAGCUAGGAUUGAAAAGUUAGCAUGAUCACUAAUGAGGAUGUUGUGGAUGUUUCACCUCUUC